CGUCGCUGUUUCCCAUCACUUCCCGCCCUCCCCCCUGGCAUUUUCGGAAACUCGAGGUCCUAAGAGCCGUCUAGAGAACGUCGUUGACCGCACGAUUUCAACAUGGCCGUGGGAACGAACUGCGCGCACUCUUUCAAGAUGCUAAAGUCCGACAACACGCUGAUCCAAUGGACCUGCAACUUGUGUCACUCGGGUCCGCACUGGUGGAUUUUCGAGUGUACAUACUGCAAGAUCCACACGUGUCGAGCUUGCGUCCACAACGUCUAGCCAUCGAGGACCCAGGCAGGGUUGUGAUGUUGCCAUCAGGCC